AUGGACAGCUUGCGGGAUAUCAAGCUUUCUGUCGAUGAUGACAAGGGCACGGCUUUGAUCCAGUUCAACCGGCCAGCAAAGCGGAAUGCCUUCGCCCAGAGCACCAUCGGCGAGCUAGUCGCGGUUCUAGCGCACCUGGACAGUCUACAGACGGUUCGCGCGGUCAUCAUCACCGGUGGUCCAGACGGCCCGUUUUGCGCUGGCAUGGACCUGAACGAGCUGGUCCAGAUCUCCACGGCCAAGGCCCACCAGAUCGACUUUCUCAAGGAUCUGACAGAUGCCCUCGCGCGAUUCUCCAAGCCAAUAAUCGCCGCGGUUGUUGGUUUUGCUCUUGGUGGUGGUUUCGAGAUUGCUCUUGCUUGUGACAUCAUCUAUGCUGCGGAAGAUGCGGUGUUCGGUCUACCAGAGGUCAAGAUCGGGACGAUACCUGGCGCUGGUGGCACCCAAAGACUGGCCCGAGCACUGGGCAAGCACAAGGCUAUGGAGUUCGUUCUCACUGGUGACUCUGCAAGCGGCGCAGAGUUCGAGCGGCUGGGAGUCGUCAGCAAAGCGUUUCCCCGGUCAGAAGUCCUGCACGCAGCAACGAAGCUGGCGGAGAGAAUCGCGAGCCUUUCGGGCCCAGUUAUCAAGACUGCCAAACAAGCAGUCCUCACUGUUGAGAACAGCAACCUUGACGCCGGGAUGGUCCACGAGAAGUCACUCUACUAUUCGACAUUCAGCCUCAACGACUUCCAGGAGGGCAUCAACUCUUUCUUGCAGAAGCGGCAGCCACACUUCCAGCAUUCAUGA